AUGGGCGUGAGGGUGGGGAUGAGGGCCGGGGUGGAUGGAGGGAUGGCUUAGUUGAUCUGCCCAUCCGCUUGGUGGUGCUGUUUGGGUUUUUGGUCUUUUUGUAUCUUGUUCAUAAUUUGCCUCAACUGCAGUUAUCUUUAGUUCCUUAUGGUUUCUUUAUAUUUUAUUGCUCUAGGAGGCUCUUGACCAGGUGCAACCACUGAAGCAAAGGGUCCCAGGUUUGAGCUCAUCUCACAGCCGAAUCCCUACCUGCAGUCUGUUUCCCUGACUGUGGGUUUCAUGGUGAAGAUCAAGGCAGAUCUUCACUUUAUUUGUGGGAAGAACCCAGAGCUUGUGGUGGAUUUCUGCAUGGGUAUUGAGGAAGACAGCGACAUUGCAUUCCAUUUCCGAGUCUGCCCGAAGAGCUUGGUGGUGCUGAACAGUUUCCAGGACGGGGAAUGGCAGGAGGAACAGAGAAUAUUUUCUGACCAUUUUAUGCCAGGCCGGCCAUUUGAGCUGCGAUUCUUGGUGCUGGAGAAUGAAUACCAGGUGUUAGUGGAUAACAAGUCCAGCUACCACUUUGUCCACCGCCUGCCCGUACAGUCUGUGAAAAUGCUGAAGGUGAGGGGAGAUAUUGUACUGACUUCAGUGGAUACAUUUUAAGAGGCAGAAGAUCUUCCAGUGAAGAUAUCCACCCCAUUCCACUCUUCCAUAAUGUGCAGAAUCAUGGCCACUCCCAGAAGAUGCCAGAAUGUCCCCCUGCCCUCACACUUACACCAAUGAUAAUAAAAUAUU